AUGGCGUCCCGUCAUCGCCCUCCCUGGUCAUUUGUAGAAGGUCUUGUUUUGAUAGCGCCCAGUAAACGUUUGCGCAAUCGUGAUUUCAAAUACAUACGUCAACGUGCGUAUUGAUGAAUGAUCGUAGGGCGGGUUGCCUCGACGAAAGCCAUUCGAAGCGUUCCAUUGGCCCGUCGUGGCGGCGCUGGGCCACGUGACCGCGUUCCUGGAAAGUUCCUGGAAGCGGCUCGAGAAGCUUUGGGGGGUUUUGCUGCCUUUUCUCGCCUAGGCAUCGGGGCUUCGAGCAGCAUGUCGGCUGCCGGCCGAGACGACCGACGCUCACGCGAGUCUCGUGCGCAAUAAAAGGAGCGACGUCGAGCUGGAACGUCAAACGAUGAAUGAAGACGCAAAAUGUUGACGACUGGUCGCGCGCACUGACUGACGGACAAAGGACAACCACAGCGUGCGGGCGGCUUCCAGAGGCGUCCGGGACCUCCUCCUCCCCGGCGCCGACGACCGGACGGGCCCAUCGAUGACCUGUCAGUCGUCCGACGCCGUCGAGAGCGACGCCCCCUCGGACCCCGAACGGAGGCGCGUGGCCUCGGCCGUGAAGGAGCUGGAGAACGCAGGUUGGUACUGGGGCGCGCUGACGGCCACGGAGGCCAAAGAAGUCCUACGGGACGCGUCGGAGGGAACCUUCCUGGUGCGCGACAGCUCCCAGAGGGACUACCUGUUCACCAUCUCGGCCGUGACGUCGGCGGGCCCCACCAACCUGCGCGUCCGCUUCGACGGCGCCAAGUUUAAGUUGGACUCGGUUCUCCUGGUGAGGCCCAAACUCAAACAGUUUGACAGCGUGGUGCAUCUGGUGGAGCAUUACGUGCAGCUGUCGCGGAGCGCCGCCCGGGCCCGCUCCGCCGAGGCGCCCAACGGGACGGUCCCGCUGCUCCUCACCCGACCCGCUUACCUGGCCGUACCGCCGUUGCAGCACCUGAGCCGCGUGGCCAUCAACCGGCGAACGCGGCGCGUCCGAGACCUGCCGUUGCCCGACAGGCUCAAAGACUACCUGAGCGACUACCUCUACGACAUCUAGCCGUCGGUCCCUCGACCGACGAGGCGCUUUCCCGCUUCUUCCCGACGUCCGAUCGUCCGUCUGCCGUGAUAGUCCGGUCCAUUUGAAGCGGGCAGCCCACGAAGCGAUUUUUGGCCCUGCCAGUGGACGCAAUUGAAUUUGUUUCUUGAUUUCAUCAGCAUCGCCCUUUGAAAAUCCCGUCGCGGUCCGACUCUAGAUCGGACGUCUCCAUGUGACGAGCGCAGCUAUCGCUGGGACGAAUUUGCGACAAGGUCAAGUCGGAUGAAGAAAGAAACUACAACGUGUGCGUGAAAAUCCACCGAAAGUUGACUCUUCAUUGCCUUGAAGAAGCAGAAGCGCAAAUACGCAACCUGGGAAAAAGGUCUCCGAAUUCCCACAACGCAAAGCACACCUAGGCCUCCCAUCGCGGGCGUACGUCUCUUGUCUUAUUUUGAAGGUCCCUCUCCUUAUUUCCUGCGGUUUUUGGACGGCGCAGCAGUUAUUUAUUGAUGUCACGCUGAAUAUUGAUGAAGCAUGUUCCCUUUGAAACGAA